CAUGCGCAGUCUCGCUGUCUUCCCCGGGCCGGAGCGGCGGCGGCGGUGGCGAAACUGGUGGCAGCGGCGGCGGCAGUAGCGGCGUUGAGCGGAGGAAGAUGGCGGCUACGGGGAGCUCGGGAAUCCGGUGGCCGUGAGGAGGGGACAGCGGGAGCGGCCUGGCCCGAGGCGCGGAGCAGCGCGGCGCCCUCCUCCCCUCCUGCCCUCCCCGGGUCCGUCGGUCCGUCGGUCCGUCCGUCCGUCCAUCCGCGCGGCCGCGGCCGCGGAGCGAAGGCAAGAGCGGGCGGUGGCCGGGCCAGGUGAGGCCGCUCCCCGAGCGGGGGACUCGCCAGCACCCUGGGGCCCGUUCGGCUGGCGAGAGCAGAGCGAAUCUCGGGCUAGUGGACCCUCCCCCCACCUCCUAGUGGGGAGACCCUGCCCAGUCUCCCCCGAGCCAUCAAGGGGAAUGCCAUGGCCAGCUCCUCAGACAGUGAAGAUGACAGCUUCAUGGCCGUGGACCAAGAAGAAGCUGGGGUGGAGGGGACAAUGGAGCAAGAUGAUGAGCCCCGCCCUGAACUGGAGUUUGAGGAGACUAGACAUAACAGGUCUAUGUCUGAGCUGCCUGAAGAGGUUCUGGAAUACAUCUUGUCCUUUCUCUCACCAUAUCAGGAGCACAAAACCUCAGCCCUUGUCUGCAAACAGUGGUACCGACUCAUCAAAGGUGUGGCCCACCAGUGUUAUCAUGGCUUUAUUAAGGCUGUCCAGGAAGGAAACAUUCAGUGGGAGAGUCGAACUUAUCCCUACCCUGGAACUCCAAUCACUCAGCGGUUCUCACAUAGUGCUUGUUACUAUGAUGCUAAUCAGUCCAUGUAUGUCUUUGGAGGCUGCACCCAGAGCAGCUGCAAUGCUGCCUUCAAUGACCUCUGGAGACUGGAUCUCAAUAGUAAAGAGUGGAUCCGACCUCUGGCUUCAGGUUCUUAUCCCUCCCCUAAAGCUGGAGCCACUCUAGUCGUAUACAAGGACUUACUUGUGUUGUUUGGAGGCUGGACACGGCCAAGCCCUUAUCCUCUACACCAACCUGAGAGGUUCUUUGAUGAGAUACACACUUAUUCACCCUCCAAAAACUGGUGGAAUUGCAUAGUGACAACACAUGGGCCACCUCCUAUGGCAGGCCACUCCUCCUGUGUGAUAGAAGACAAGAUGAUUGUCUUUGGGGGUUCCUUAGGAUCCCGGCAAAUGAGCAAUGAUGUUUGGGUCCUUGACCUUGAGCAGUGGGCCUGGUCCAAGCCUAAUGUCUCUGGCCCCUGCCCUCACCCUCGAGGCGGCCAGUCUCAGAUUGUCAUAGAUGAUGAAACUAUCCUAAUCCUGGGAGGAUGUGGUGGCCCAAAUGCACUGUUUAAGGAUGCUUGGUUACUGCACAUGCACUCCAUCCCUUGGACCUGGCAGCCACUCAGGGUAGAAAAUGAAGACCACGGAGCUCCAGAGCUGUGGUGCCAUCCAGCGUGCAGGGUAGGCCAAUGUGUGGUGGUCUUCAGCCAGGCUCCCAGUGGAAGAGCACCACUCAGCCCAAGCCUGAACUCUCGCCCAUCUCCCAUCAGUGCCACUCCACCGGCUCUGGUUCCUGAAACCCGAGAAUACCGCUCCCAGUCUCCAGUAAGGAAUAUGGAUGAAGCGCCUUGUGUCAAUGGUCGAUGGGGAACCUUACGCCCCAGGGCACCAAGGCAGACACCUUCAGGAUCCCGGGAAGGGAGCCUUUCCCCUGCCAGAGGUGAUGGCUCACCUGUCCUCAAUGGUGGAAAUUUAUCUCCAGGAGCUGCAGCAGUUGGUGGGGCCUCCCUGGACAGCCCUGUUCAGGCAGUCUCUCCAAGUACCCCAUCAUCAGCUGAAGGCUUUGACUUAAAAAUGGGGCUUUCUUUGGUUCCCCGACGAGGUUCCUUGCCAGAUCAGAAAGACUUAAGAUUGGGAUCGAUGGAUUUGAAUUGGGAUCUAAAGCCUGCUUCCAGCAGUAGUCAGAUGGACGGCAUGGACGCCAGGACAGUUGGGGGCAGUGUGAGGAAUCCUCCAGAGCAGACAAAUGGAGUCCACACCCCGCCCCACAUGGCCAGUGCUCUCACAGGAGCUGUGUCCCCAGGUGCCCUCCGACGGAGCCUGGAAGCUGUCAAAGCCCUCUCCUCUAAGGGCCCACCUGCCCCUGCAGCCCUGAGUCCCCCACUGGUGUCUUCCCCUGGGUCCCCGGGGAGCCAGAGCAUGAGCAGCGUCGAGACGGUGCCCAUCCCCCGCCCAGGGCCUGCCCAGGGUGAUGGGCACUCCUUACCUCCCAUUGCUCGGCGCUUGGGCCACCACCCACCUCAGUCUCUGAACGUUGGCAAGCCCUUGUACCAGAGUAUGAACUGCAAGCCCAUGCAGAUGUAUGUGUUAGACAUUAAAGACACAAAGGAGAAAGGGCGAGUCAAAUGGAAAGUAUUUAAUAGUAGUUCUGUGGUUGGCCCACCUGAAACCAGUCUGCACACAGUGGUGCAAGGCAGGGGGGAACUCAUCAUUUUUGGUGGCCUCAUGGACAAGAAACAGAAUGUGAAGUACUAUCCCAAAACAAAUGCCUUGUACUUUGUGCGAGCAAAAAGAUAAUAGGGCAGAAACAUGGUCCCAAACCUUUUUCCUUUCUGUGGCUUUGAAUUUUACACUGUCAUGCAGGCAUUCAAACUGUGAAUUGGGAAAACAAAGAAUUAAGUGGCCCCACAAACCAAAACCCCAAUUCCCAAUCCAGUGCUCGCUCUGGGCUAGGGUCAGAGCCCCAUUAAAAAAAGCAAAUUAUAUAAAGUAUCUAUAUCUAUAUCUAUAUCUAUAUUCUAUAGCCAACUCUGUUUACAAAAGGGGAGAAAUCUCCAUGCUGGUUCAGAUAAAAUUGUUGCUGUGUUUUAGCAGAGGCUCUGAUGCCUUUUUCUAUUCUGCUGGUAAUUAGACCAAGAAUUUAGGGAACAGAUCACCUAAUAUCAGUUCCCUUCCAAGAGAACUGAAGAAUCCCAGGUAAGGAGAGCUUCAUGAGGAGGUGCCAUGAGCUCAUGCCCCUUGACAUAGUAGUGCGUACAAGGCCAAACCCGGUGUCUGCAGAAAAGCUGGUUUCUUUUCUCCUCCAAGGGCUACAGGAGGGAUGGUGGUGAGAAAUGGAGGGGACAGUGAGGAAAGGAAGUUGUUUCAUGUUUUUGUGCAGGAUCAUCAUCUUGUGUCCAAGUCCUGGGGCUCGCUCUGAUUGGAAGAAGCAAGGCUAAAUCAUUUGUGUCUGAUUAUGAAAUCUCUUGACUAUCACAUUUGGUUGUGAGUUGCCAAAACCCACAUUCCCUUACUUGCUUUCCCUUAAAAUGCCAGUCUUAUGGAAUCUGCCUUUCCUUCUUGUAGGAUUUCUAUGCAAAUGUGGGUAUUUGGGGAUUUUUAAAGCCCUACACAUCACUUUGCAGAUGAAGGUGAAGUUGAGGCAUGGAUGCCUAAAAGAGAAGCUUAGAUAAUUCUCAGAAAUAUUUGGGGGGGCUUGAUUUUUUUAUCCCCAGCAUCCUUAGCAAGCCAGUGGAUGAUUCAAAGAUGCUUUGAAUCAGAGGCUUUACACCUAAGAUAUUUUUAGCACCUUAAAAUUGCUUUCUCUUUUACAUCAGAUGUAUGCAGCCACAUUUGUAAAGGAUCUAAGUUGGAAGACAGAUACUGCUUGUUCUCAGAAAGGGUUUGUCUCAUUAGAUGGAUAGGAAAGCAUCCUUUUCUCAGAAAUUGUGUUUUUGUCCUUUCUCAUGCAGCAGCUGUGUUUUCUGGUUUGCCAUCAAACGUGAGAUUAUGUUCAAGCUGUGGUGGAGUUUGUGAAACAUACUGUUGACAUCAGUAGGAGGCUUUAUCCAACACAGUCCUGCAGCGAGCUCCAGCAUCAGUUAGAUACAGCUUGGGUACUGUGUUUCUUUUCUUAGAUAAAUUGUUCUCAAGUGGAUGAGCUCCUCAGGCAGUCUCUAAAGCCUUGGACCAGACACAGGAAUUACUGGCAGAACAUGAUUCUAAUGGCAUCAGCAGGCAUCAGGCCGAUCACUUAAUUUUGACUAUUAGUGAUUUUAUCAUCUGAUAGAAGGAGAAGCAGUUUUUCACCAUAACAUUUCAAGUCUCGUUUUUAAAAAUGAAGAGUUGCUUCCCCUUUAACCUUGUUGGAGUUUCCCAAAUGCAAGUGAUUAGAGACUUGACUUGUGCUAGUUCUGGUGGUUUGGUUUUUAGCCAACCUUUGGAAUUUUUUUUGAUGAAAAAGGGUCAUCCUUUUUCUCAUAGUACAAUAUGCAGAAUCUUCCUUUCUCUCUACUCCCUAACCUGUAAAAUCUGGUUCUGACAGAAAAGCUCUCCUGUUGCCAGUUCCCAUCAGCAGGGUAUGUGUGUCUGAGAAGCUAUUCCAUCUGAACUGAGUAAUCCUCACAUGUGCCUACUUACUGUAUUACCUGGCUAAUUAAAGCUCAGCAUGCACCUCCUCCAGAGAUAACCUGUUUAGGGGCUUUUUCCAGUUCCCAUUUGGCAAGGACUGUUAGGUUCUGUGGGGUCUCCAGUCAUACUGAAAAUAUAUACUAGAGGAAUAGAGAUUUAGCCAUGGUUAUUACUAGAGAGCAGCUUUAUUCAUGAGAUUGUGUUUGUGAGCAGAAGUUGUCUCCACACUAAUUUCCUCCUGAAACAUAAUUAAGCAUCUGGAAGAUAGGGAGUAGGGUGGGAGGGCAGGAAUCUCUAUGAAGGGACGAAAUCACAUCAUUGAAAGAAACCCCAUCAUUCUGCUCUUUUGACUUUCUAACUGGCCAUUAUUGCUCCUAGAUACUCAGAGAGGAGGCAAAGGAAGGGGGAGGGAGGGAGGUGGAGGCAGACAGACAGACAGACACACACACACAUACACAUGGGGGGAGGGGAGGAGAGGGUGAGUGAGUGAGAGUGUGAGUGUGUGUCAGUCUUCCUUCUGUCCAGGAAAGUUAGCAUGGUUCCAGCCUAAAGGAGAAUACAGUGUUUGUUCUACACACAAUCCAAAACAGCAUUUGUUUACAGCUCUCCAUGUCACCUUCCUUCUCCCCACACAUCAGUCUUGGUAUUGGCUAGGUGACAUCUGCUUAAUGUUCCCUGAACCUGGUCGCCACCAAACUUCAGCAGCACCAUUGCCAAGCGUCAUCAGGGGCUAGUCAAGAAACUUGAGCCUGAUCAAGCUGGACAGUGUGGACAGAAAGCCAACAUCAUAACCAAGAUGGUUGUCUCCUCAAGACCACUUGAAAGCCGUGUGUAGCGUGGCCCAUCAGGUGGAGAGCCGAGGCGAGUGUUUCCAUGGUGCAUUGGACAGUCUCAGCUAUAUGAGACUUCACCGUCACUCUGUCUCAAUACCAACUGCGCCAAUUUUGUCUUAAGAUCAACUGAGAAAAACGAGACAAAACUUAUUUUUAAACACACCUCAGGAGCACCUAAAAUGAAUAUUUAUCAGUAUUUAAAUAUUUAAGAUAAAUUUGAAGCUAUACUUGAAGCUUUAAUCCCUUCCAUUCCUGCAAGAGUGCCUUCAAGAUUCCCGGCAUUGCAUUGACUUUGAAAUUCACCUCAUUAACUCAGUAGCAAGAUUGUCAGUAUGUUCCCGCCCUCCCAUGGACAGGACCUAAAAUUCUUUCAUCCCAUUUAAUAUAUGCAGCCCGGGUUUGGGGGGGAUGGAUGAGGGUGGGAAGAUUUGAUUGCACAUCUCCAUUGUUCUUCCAAAUGGGGGGAGUGGGAGUUGGGCCUCUUUGGGAAGAGUCCAGAAUAUGUCUACAUAGAAACGAGGUGUCCUUCCCUCCCCCCUCCUUUUUCUUUUUCUUUUUUUCUUUUAAGGCAAAGUUAGAUUACUCAUUCUCCCAGGCUUCUGUUGUUUGCAUAGCUUCUUUUGGGGAUGCUUCAGGUUUACAACAAAAGGUGAAACUAUAAUAAGUAACCCGAGAAUGGCAUUGAGACUUUGAUAUUUUGCUUCAUUAACUUGGAAGACAAAAAGCUUCUAGCAAGUGGAGAAUGAAUGCCUUCCCUACCUGUCUCUCUUGAUCUUUCUGCUUUGCUUCUUUCCUUUCCCCUUUGAGUGACAUCCUGUCAGUCCUCGUCCCUGUGGUGAUCCAGGCAUAGUGAUGUACCCUGCUUUGCAUCAUGUGUGGUCUCUUACCAGCUCAUAAGUCUAAUGGAAAGGGUCCCAACAACCCCCCAGCCCAAAUCGGAGGAAGUCCUGACUUCCCUUUUCCUGCCUCCUGCUCUGCCCCUUCCCCCACUUCCCCACCACGUGUUGCAGAAGGCAUGUUCUGCAUGGUUACCAGUAAGUGACUCCCACAGUGGUUCAUUAUAAAAUGGGGGAGAGCUCUUAGAGUUGACUUCUCUGCCCAUUCCACUCCUCUUGCACCCACCAGGGUUCCUGUCAGUGCAUCCAGCCUGAGCUCUGAUAGAGCUGGGUGGGGCUGUGAGUUUACCUGUACACCUCAGGGUCCCAGAUGACUUACCCUGGAAUAGUCAUUUUAGGCACACAAGUGUAGGAAUGAUUUCAUUGGUAUUUAAAUUGGUGUCAAUUUCAUUUUUUGUUAAUGUUUUCCCCUGAUGAAUUUUUAGCAAUUUAAAAAAUAAAAAGGAACUAUGGAGAGAA